AGAGAGAAGAAAUCAUCACCACUUUUUCAUUUUCUCUCAAUUUUCAAAUUAGCAACAAAAAAAUGCCUCCCAGUUCUUCAGAUUCAUCUGUUUUACUCCAACGAAUUAGCUCUAACAAUACUCAUGACUUUGCUUACAAGGAAUCUCAUCAUCAAUUACAGAGGCGCAUGCCGAUUCCCUGUUCGACGGAAGUACCCGAUUCUGUUUCCCGGUACCAUACUCACACUGUAAGUCCUGACCAGUGCUGCUCCGCCGUGAUUCAGCGGAUCUCAGCUCCCGUCUCCACCGUAUGGUCGGUGGUCCGCCGAUUCGACAAUCCGCAGGCGUAUAAGCAUUUUGUUAAGAGCUGUCAUGUUGUUGUUGGCGACGGUGACGUCGGUACUUUACGGGAAGUCCGUGUGAUUUCCGGUCUCCCUGCUGCUAGUAGCACGGAGAGGCUUGAGAUCCUCGACGACGAACGCCACGUCAUCAGUUUUAGCGUUGUCGGCGGGGACCACCGGUUAGCGAAUUACCGAUCUGUGACUACGCUUCACACGGAACCGAGCUCCGGCAAUGGAGCGGCGACGACGGCGGUGGAUACGAUCGUUGUGGAAUCGUACGUCGUUGAUGUACCGCCUGGUAAUACUAGAGAAGAGACAUGCGUUUUUGUGGAUACAAUCGUGAAAUGCAACCUUCAAUCGUUAUCUCAGAUCGCACGGAAUUCAAGCAGAUGAAAAUCUUCGUGAAUUUUGAAAAUGUAUUGCGGAUCAAGUUGCUCUGACUCUUCAUUUUUAUCAUAUUCGUGUCAGAUAUUUCAAAAAUACAUACUGUAGGUAGUAUUUUUGAAGAAUUUGAUUCACAUAUAUUCAUAUUUUGAAGAGUUCGAGAAACAGGUUGCGGAAUCGGAAUUAAUGAAGACAACUAAUUGAUGAUGCUUGUGGUGAUGAUCUGAUGAUAUCAUAUGCGAUGCAUGAUUGUUUCGUUGCACCUUUAUUAGGUGUGUGUUAAUCUCCUUGUCAUCCCUUGUUGAAGAUAAGUUCUUGAUCAAAUUAAUCUUGUACUUUGCUUAAUUAAUUUCAUACUCUAUAAUUUUGUCUA